AUGGAGAUGUGUAAACUUCAUGACAUGGGAGCAAGUGGACCAAAAUUUACUUGGAGAGGCGGAAUUUACCAUGGGGGACAGCGUAUUUAUGAAAGAUUGGAUAGAGUUAUUGGAAAUGAGGAUUGGAAGCUAUUAUUUCCUGAUAGUUAUGUUAAGGUGUUAACAAGAGUAGGCUUUAGUGAUCAUCAUCCCAUCAUGGUGGUUUUAUCUAAUAAUUCUAUUGAUGACAGAGGCAAGCAGUUUAGGUUUGAAAACGCUUGGAUGGUAGAUCAUAAAUAUGAAGAUAGAUUAAAAGGAUUUUGGAAAGCUGGGGAUGAUAUUCUGUCCAAUCUGAAUCGAAUUAAAAGAGAGGCUCAGGAUUGGAAAGAGUGUACUAUUAAUCAUGUUCAACGAACAAAGAAAAGAUUGUUGGCUCGGUUGAGUGGUAUACAAGAAAGCAUACAGUCCAGACACGAUUCUAGAGGGCUGAUCCGGUUGGAAAAAAAGCUGUAG